ACCAUCAAUAAAGGAAAUGAGCUAAUAAUACAAUUUUAACCUUUUUAGGCCCAAAUUGGGCUCAAAAAAACUUGUCAAGAUGAAUCCCAGCUUGGCCUUUUGUGGCUUAUUCAUUACUCAUUGAUGUCAUCAAUUAUUCCAAUGUAUUCAUUUCCCAUCAAUUACUCAUGGAUCACAUAAAAAAAUAUAUAUAUAUAAUUAUGCUGUAAUUAGCGGAGAUAACGUCAGUAAGGGAAGCAAGGUUAUUCUAAAGUAUGGACCUGACGAGCUGGAAGCUGACGUUAUUGGAGUAAAAUUAAUGGUAUGUAUGUUUGUCCACUUUUGACCAUAGGCUUUUUAUUUGAUGUUUUUGCUAACUUGUCAUGUUUGUUCUUACACAGAUGAUCGGUCAAAACUGGAUGACCAGGGACAGGAAUUCUUGAAGGAACCUGCAAACGCCCAUCUGUUCCCAGUCUUGGAGGACCCAGAGAUUCCAAAGCCAGAGCCAGAACCAGCGCCACAGCCAGAACCAGUGCCAGCCCCACAGCCAGAACCAGCGCCAAAGAAGAGAAAGAACUCAGCUAAAGCGGGAGGUGGCGAUGCAGCUACCACGCGUAAAAAGAAGGAGCCAAAACUGGCCACUGUUGUUUCCCUGUACAAGCCACCGUAAGCUAAUCCACCCCAUCUGAGAGCUGUAGAGCCAGAUUCACCAGCACCGAUGCCGGCAGCGUCUCUGCAACCCAUAGUUAGACUGUCUUCACGGAUUGCAACAGUGGCAUCCAGCCCUUUGCAGCGAGUGUCCCAAGUUAGACCAGUCCAACGAAGUUUGUUCGCAGCAUUACCGGACAACCAGCCAGAAGUCCUUGGUUAUCUAAACAAAUCUGUGAGCGCCAGAAACAGCUCGCCGAACAGCAGCAGCAGACGCAAGAACACCUUGAUACGUUCAUUGCAGUCCCUUCCGGGUCCCCCGAACCGCUCAACGUGCCAGUCCUGCCUACAUUUACUUCCUCUGUACCAGUUACUCCAGUUACUCCAGUUCCACCAGUACCGACGCUGUCUGUCCCAGAUCCUGAUUCUCCGACUGCAUCUCCGUCGAAUCUCCAACUCAGCCUGCUGACGACGACGUCAUAUUUCAGUUACAGUUGCGGUCAACUUCGGAAAGGAACUUCGCCACUCAGCUGCUACGGCAUAUGUUCACACCAAGUGAACUUGCGGGGUGCAAUGUUAGGGGAGUCGGGGGCAAGCUUCCCUUAAAUACUGAGAAAAUUAUUAAGAUUAAGGACAUUGUUUUUAGGUUUUUCCCAGCCUCCUUAUCACAGAUCAUGAUCUGUGUCAAAUGUAACCGGAGAUAUCAUUUUUUCAACUAGAAUCUUCAGAACGCUAAUUCAGACAAUAAACAUUUCGCAAACGACUUACCGACACGUGCCGAAACACAGAUCUUUACUUGUAAGAACAUGAAGUUCACGUGUUAAAAUAGGGAGUUCAAGUGACUGUUUCAAUUUUCUUCCCAUUUUUAGUAGCUUAAGAUCAAGCAAGUGUUAAUAAACAGUAGUUUGUCGGUGAA